AUGGCUUCCGCAACCACGGCGGCGCAAGUCGUGAGUGUCUCCGUGGCACUCCUGGCAUCCGGCGGCAUUGCAACUUUAUCACUCUUCGACAUCCCCGAAUUUCAAUCGCAGCCGGCCUCGCGAGCCUUGCCCAUGACACGAUGGCUCUUCAGCCGCGGCUCCCACAUGUUCCCUCAAGCGGCUAUGGUUUCGAGCGCUGGCUUUGCCUACCUUGCAUAUAAGGCUUUGCCGGCAGGACCGCUCGCGCAAGCCUUCCAGGCCGCUUUGACAGGCGUCAAGCUGCCGGGUUACCUGGCCGCCUCAGCCCUGACGUUCGCCAUUGCCCCUUUCACCAUCAUCUUCAUGAAGGAGACCAACUUCACCCUUAUCAAGAAGAAUGCAGAGCUCGGAGGCGCUCGAAGUGCUAAGAGCGCCGAGCAGAACGGGCCCCAGCUCGCUCAGCGCAGCGCUGAGGACUCGAUCUAUGGGAAGGGUGAAGCUGAUGAGUUCAGUGACCUGAGCGUUCCGCAAGGGAAGACUAAGCAGUCAUCUUCUGCGGAAGACGAUGAGAGGGUGCGAAAAUUGUUGGGAGACUUCGCUCUGCUAAACAACGUCAGGGCCGUACUGAUGGGAGCCGGCGGCAUCGCUGGGCUCUGGACGGCUUUGGCAUAA